ACACCCGCUUCCUGAGUGACCCCACCGUUCCUGUAGUAUCACACAGCGGCUACUCCUCCGGCACCAGCUACAGCGCCGAUACCUCCUGUACGGUCGUCCUGACCACCGACCACGAUCUCAGGAUCGACAUGUGGAUAUUAAACAUGAACAUACAGGAAUGUGAAGGGCAAUCAUGCACUUGCGACUACUUGGAAUUUCAAGGUGUUGAAGGGGACGACUCUCUUCGCUUCUGUGGAGACUUGGACCAUCCUAGCUUUCUGUCCUCGUCCGGACACAUGCUGGUAGUGACCUUCCACACGGACAGCAGUGUCCAGAACUCCGGCUUCAAGAUAGCUUGGAACACUUAUGAUCCUGGAUCAGACGAGGGCGGCUGCACAGGGUUCUGGUGUUCUGCAGACUCCAUGUGUAUUCCCCACAACUGGGUGUGCGACGGUGUGGUCCACUGUUCGGACAUGGCAGACGAAUUCUGUGACGGGGAUGAUCUACUGACCACUGACCAGAUCAUGAUGAUCGUCUUCGUGUCAGCUGGAGCCAUUGUUGUGAUCGCUGUUCUUGUGCCCAUCAUGCGCUACUGCUGCCGCCAUCCUCAGCAGGUUCACGUCAUUGUGCCACAAGGAGUGGACCCCGCCUACUACAGCCAUGGCCCUCAUGGUGUACCUUCUCAACAUGGACCACUAUCUCCUCAACAUGGACCACCUCCUCAACAUGGACCAUACCCCACAGGGACUGGACAAAUGGCAGGUCCAAUGGGAGGGGUCCCUCCCCACUAUGGACCACCUCUAUCACACCCUCCAAAUGCUGGGCAAAUGUUAGAUCCCAGUGGUCAGAUCUCAGCCUACCAGAGACCCCCCUCCCCAUACCCUCAAGAUGUCAUGGCUGCGGACAUGUAUACCAGACCUGAGGAGCUACCUCCGCUCAAUGUCGCUACAGCUGAGGAUGUGGCCACGAGGAACCAACAUGGGCCUGGUAUCCCACCUCCAGCUAUUUACAUUCCUCCAACACUCCGCUGACAUGGCUCUAUACCCAGCCAAUAGUGUUGCCAGAGAACUUCUAUAUGUACCUGUACUAGCAACUACACUCGAAGGCACCAUUUGUGCAACAGAUGAUUAAUGAAGAAUAAGAUUUCAGCCAGUAUGAUCUAUGUAUUUUUUAAAGAAUUGAUGGAUUUUGUUGCUUGCAACAUUUUCAUGAUAUCAAAUUCAUUUUACUUUAGACUUCAAAUGGUCAUACUAUUUUAUUGAUAAAUCUAUCUAACAUUAAAAAGGAGUCACAAAAUACAUGUAAAGGAUUGUAGAAAAUAAAUGCAAUAAACAUUUAUUCAGCAACUCA